AGCUUUGGAAAUAUAUUCGCAUAAUAUGUGCCAAAAAUAUUUUCCUCUGUAGGUGUCACCUGGAGCCCUUUUCCAUAUAAAAGAUGCCGAAGGUACCUGAGCAAGUAUUCCAAAAGUGUUCAACAUGAAAUCCCAACUUUUAGUCACCGUUGUCGUAUGUGCCAUCUUUGCAUCUCGGUCAUCUUGUAGUCCAUACAAACACGAAAACAGAGGUUUAUGUGGGACACGUUUGGUAGAAACAAUGGCCAUGGUUUGCAACUACCAUUACAAUGCACCAAUGAACAAAAAAUCAGUAAACUGGAACUUGGAGGAUGCAUCAGACUAUACAGAUGAUUACAGUCAAAAUUCCCUGAAUGGUGGAGUUUACCGAUGGUUCGAUAAUAUUGAUGCCAACUCUUUCAUACCAAUAAGACACCAAAGAGGAAUUGUAGAAGAGUGUUGCAAGAAGCCGUGCUCUAUUUCUGUUCUCCGAUCUUAUUGUUCCAAAUGAAAGAUGUUAUUGCCCUUGCAUCUACCUUUAUUCUGAUAUAUUGAAGCUACUGAUGUAGAUACAUUUUAUAACUUGAACACUAUUCAUAAGAAAUAAAAUGUGGUUUCUAAAA